CAUAGAAGUGACGUCAUGCUGACGUUAUUUGUCAGCGGCGCGGGCUGGAUUGAACAUGAGAAAGACAUAGAUGACAUGGUGGUCUUGAGAGAGGGUAUAUGUCCUGGGCUGAAUAAGGACCUCAUCGAAGCCUUAAGAAAUGUGGACAUCAGAACAGUGGAGGAGUUGGUUUCAGCGAACCUUGAGGAACUGGCCCAAAAAUGUUCCGUCUCCUACAAGGCUUUGAUUGCUGUGCGUCGGGUUCUAUUGGCCCAACAUGCAGCUUUUCCUGUCUCAUGUGCUGACAUGUAUGAAGAGCUACUGAGCUCAACUGCUAUUCUCUCCACAGGCAGUCAUGGUCUAGAUAAGCUGUUAGACUCUGGUCUGUACACAGGGGAGAUAACCGAGCUAACAGGAGGUCCAGGAAGUGGCAAAACGCAGGUGUGCUUUAGCACCGCUGUUCAUAUUUCAUGCCAACUCAAGCAGAGCGUUAUCUAUAUCGACACUAAUGGAGGAAUGUCUGCAAAUCGUUUGCUUCAGAUGCUGCAAGCAAAGGCCAGCACUAUGGAAGAGCAGAUGGCUGCUCUUCAACGAAUUCAAGUUUUUAGAGUGUUUGAUGUCUUCUCCUUGCUUACAUGUCUACAAAAUAUAAGAAUCGGUGGAGUUCAGAUGGAAUGUGUUGGAUGUUCAGUAAAAGCUCUUAUCCUGGAUUCUGUCUCAGCUGUACUCUCCAAUAUGCUGGGAGGCAAACAGAAUGAGGGCAUGUCCUUGAUGAUGCAAGUUGCUGGAGAGCUGAAAACUAUUUCGAAGGACCUUAAUGUUGCUGUUCUGGUGACAAAUCAUGCGACGCGAGAUGGCAGUGGCCAGCUGAAAGCGGGUUUGGGUCAGUCCUGGAGUCACGUCCCGAGGACCCGCGUUCUCCUACAGCAAGUGGAGAGGCCUGGCAGCUCCUCCAGCCUGCGAGUAGCAACGCUGACCAAAUCAUCUAGACAGUCAUGUCAACUGGAAGAAGAAUUUGACUUGAGAUGCUGGGGAGCACCUGAAGAUAUGAAGGCUGGAUCUUCAGGCAAGAGAAAACUGGAGGGGGGCAGCCCUGGGGUUGGGUGAAUGCUUAUUCAUCUAGCUAUAAACGUACAAGUUUGUGUCUUCAUUCAUUCAUUCAUUCAAUGAUUAUUAUUUGUUCUCUCUCAACUCAUCAAUAAUAUUGGUGAACAUACUGUGUUUUCUGUGAGUUUUUGUUAAUACUGAAAUAUGGAAAUGUGGUUUUAGUACAUCAGUGAAAAC